UCCUAUGUAGCUCUGCAUCUAUAAAAAUCACUGCUAGUCUGACAGCGUUCUAACCUGUGCUGUGCACGGAGCAGAGUGCACUGACUAACCAUCUAUUGCAUGGCAUGGGUUAACUGAGCCUGUGGGAUUGUGCUUACCUAAACAAAACCACUGCAAUGAGGGGAAAAAACAAUGAAUGGGUGGAGAUGUUCAAGCCGAGGCAUUCCAGCUAGUGCAGUCUGGGCUGCAAUGACAGGCUGAAGGUUGCAGCAGCAUCGGGAUCUGCAUUCAAAGUGAGUGAAUCUUACAUUCUGGAGCGAGCUUGUGUGCAGGUCUUGUUUAUUUGCUGAGACAUGGCCAGUAACCAGGCCAGCCUGCAGGAUGAGCAGAGCAGGCAUUGUAAGUUCUUAUCCUAUAUGUUCUACCAGGCUGUGAGAGACCACAAACCGGUGUGGAUGCUGGAAGAUAUGAGAACUAUGGAAUAUUUUUACUGGGAGGAAAAUGCAAGCCUGAGAACAUAUUCACCUUCGGAAGCCCUUCUCUAUGCAGUGGUGCAUAAUCACCUGCCUUAUGCCCAGUAUCUGCUGUCUCAUUUUCCAGAGGACGCUCUCAAGGUGCCUGGAGAGCAUUUCUGCUAUUGCCCGUCCUCUGCCCCUCAUUUGGCCAUGGCAGUCACAUACGACAGGAGGGACAUUUUGGCGCUGAUCAUCAAGAUUGCACACAAGCUACCCAGCCUAAAUUCCUACAUCAACAGGACUGGCUGCUUUCAUCUGGAAGAUGGCAAGACCCCGCUGCACCUUGCCUGCGAACUGCUGAGGUCAGAGACCGUCCUCAUCCUCCUAGGAAAUGGGGCUUCUCCCAGGAUCGAGGACAGCAAGGGGCUCACCCCGUUGGAUGUCAUCCUGGAGCAGAUGUGGGACUCCAAAGUCAACGUGGCAUCAAAAAAGCUCUGCCUCGACUACCUCUUGCUCUUCAUGCCUAACCCACAGUUUAAGAUGCGGAAAGUUCUGCAGGAUCAUCCAGACCACUGGACAGCUUUGCUCGGGGAAGACAAAUUCAACAGCCUGGUGGGGAACACACCUGGUUCUUUAUACCUGCAAGCUAUGCAAACUAUUCUCCAGUCUCUCCCACCUUCACACUUUCCUAAAAGCAUCCAGGAACUACCUAUACCUCAGGCACUAAAGCCCCUACCUUCCUAUGGCAAAAAACUACAGACAAAAAAUGUGAGACACUGCCCCUGCAGCACAUGCUGGCAGAGUUGAAGGCUGUCACAGCUCCGGGGUAUUUUUCCCAUGAAGCGGGAGCCAAGCUGAAGGCAGAUUAGCAUAAUAAGCACUUGCCCUGCCAAUCCUGCCAGUCCAUGGAGAGUGUGCAGGCACCUCCAGCCUUAAGGCGUCAUCAGCCCCCAGUGUCACAGGGAGGGAGGGGAGGAGACAAAACUGAUGUUCCACCUCCAAGGCUGCUGAACUGACAGAACAAUAGCACAGCUGUUAAGAGCCGGCUGUGUCCUGCUGCCUCUGGAGUCAGUGGGAGCCAGAUCCAUCCUGCUCAUCCACGCUGGAGCUGCAGCAGCUAAUUUGGAUGUCAGUGGGGGAGAGGCGGAGGGUGGGAAUAUUAUUAAGAUGCUAAUUAAGCUCCAGUAGCAGAAAUUCCAUAUUAAGAACAGUGGAAGGGAAUUCAUUAGGUAUGUUCAUGCUCUCUGAUAGCGAUAGACCUUCCGUGCAGAACAGAGUUUCAGAAAAUCCACUCCAGCUGGUGUGGGUGGGUGGGUUGUUUCUACACAAAACACAGAUUGUAGGGAUUGAUGGUGUGCGCAAUAUGAUAUUUUCUAGUAACACAGAGGGAAAGUUACCCCUUGGCAGAGGGCUAGAACAAAUGCUUUGGGCACAUGUGAGCUUUAAAUGGUGCACAGGCCCUGUGAACAGGCAUCAAUUUCACACACUGCAGGGUCAGAGCUUAGGUUCCCCACUGCUCCAGUCUAUGCAGAUAUCUUCAGUUCGCCAAACUGGCCGGGGCAGGAGGUUCAAGGGCAUUGUGAUGCUUGUGUGUGGCCUGCAGCAAGGAGAAGACGCCUCCUUUCAGCAGAGAAAGGAAUUCUCCUGUAGCUCAUACUAUGGUGUUACAGCAGCCUAGGUCAGUACUGGUUGAAAGUCGCUACCAUCUGAUGUGUGUUCAUUGCCCUGUGUGCAAUGAGUUUGGUGUUCUCAGCCCAGUUCUUGAUGGGCAGCUAUCCACAUCAAAGAAAUCAUUACCGUUGCCUCCAAUUUGCCCCUUUGUUGGUAGUCUUAGCAGAGUGAUCAAGAACUGGGUGGGCCCUGGAGCCUGAUUCACCAUUUGACCUCUAGAGGGGGUUUCUUUGGGCCAGGGUUAAUGGACACUGACGGGCCAAGGGGAGAAGCUUGUAGUGUUGCUAACUAGGCAGGACAUGACAAGGGAACAAUCCUGGAUGGGAUUUCUUUUUGAUGGAAGGGCGGGGAUUUUUUCCCCCUGCUCGUUCGCCUAUCCUUUGCAUUGAUCUAUCUGUUUGAUCUCCUGUGUGUCUUCGUUCUCUGUAGGAUAUUACACCUUACACAGCCAAAUCUACCUCAACUUCAUCACAAUUUUCAUUGACAUAGGACAGAAAAUCAGGUUCCCUAUUCAUUGUUCUCCUUAAGCCUGCUCACGAGCAAAACUAAAUUCUAGAUCUGUUAAACAAUCCCUCCAACCCAUCAGCCCGUAGCCUUGAAGCUUUCCAGAGGAAAAAAUCCCUGCACUUGCAUGACAAGUACAUUAGUGAUCAUAUUUUUUUUUUUUUUAACAAACAACAACAAAAAGGGCACUUGGUGCCAUGUAGCAAAGUUUUCAUUUGGCAUUAAAAAUGCAUUGAAUGAGUGUAGUUUAAGGUCUUUAUUUUUAAACUUUGGCAAAAGAAUAAAAGAGACAGAGAAGAGGAGGGGGAGGGGGGAGAAAUUUGUACCACGCUCUGGAUUAUCAGUAGGCUCAACAGGAUUUUUAAUUUAUUUCAGUUUCUAUGAAUAUAGUUGGAAAGGCCUAGCUUGUGUUUGUGUGUGUGUAUAUAGAUCACUGCCCUUUCAUGGCCUGAGCUGCUCUUGACAGAGGAGUUUCUGGGAUAAAUUCAUCAGUGUUUGUGAGAUAGUUGGAUCCUACAGAGAUCGAUACCUUAAGAAAGCCUAUAAAUUAUUUAAAUCAAGAAAACAGUGUCUCGUAAGCCCUGCUAAGUUACUGCUUGCAGCUAAGGAAGUUUCUUCAUCAGCUAAAGUGGCCUGUGCUCUUGAAGAGGGAGCUCUGUCUCUGAAUACCAAGUGGCAAUGGGUUACAGCAGGGGUGGACAAACUUUUUAGCCCAAGGGCCACAUCUGGCUAUGGAAAUUGUAUGGCAGGCCAUGAAUGCUCAUGAAAUUGGAGGUUGGGGUGCAGGAGCGGGUGAGGGCUCCAGCUGGGGGUGCAGGUUCUGGAGUGGGACCAAAAAUGAGGAGUUCAGGGUGCAGGAGGGGGCUCCCAGCUGGGGCAGGAGUUGGGGUGUGGGAUGCGGGGGCUCCAGCUGGGGGUGUGGGCUCCCGGCUGGGGCUGGGCAUGAGGGGUUGGAGGUGCAGGAAGGUGCUCCAGGCUGGGACCAAGGUGUUUGGCGGGCAGGAGGGGGAUCAGAGCUGGGGGUUGGGGCGCUGGAGGGGGUCAGGGGUGCAGGUUCCAGGGGGUUCUUACCUCAAGCAGCUCCCGGAAGCAGCGGCAUGUCCCCCCUCCAGCACCUACAUGGAGCGUGGCCAGGCGGCUCUGCACGCUGCCCCAUCCACAGGUGCCGCUCCUGCAGCUCCCAUUGGCCGCACUUUGUGUAGGUGCCGAAGGGGGAACAUGCCGCUGUUCAGAGCUGUGCAGAGCCAUGGCACACAUGGAGCAAGGCAAGCCCUGGACCCCGCUCCGCAGCGGGAGCUCGAGGGCCGAAUUAAAGUGUCUGAAGGGCCAGAUUGGUCCCCGGGCCAUAGUUUGCCUACCCCUGGGUUAGAGCACAGUGACAGGUGUAAUUGGGCAGCAAUGGAUUUGUUAUUGCAUCACCAUCUAUUUUUGAAUCGAUUUUUUACCGAAAUAAAAUCUUUUAAACAGACAUCCCCAGCUUUUAUUUCUAUUGCUAUGUAGCCGAACAAGCAGGCUCCUGUUUCUGUGCUGCCAGAGAAAUUCAGUGGCCUGAGAACUCCUGCUUCUAGAUACCGUUGUACAGCCACUAACAGCAAAGGGCCAGGUCCCCCGAGGACUUCUUAUGUUUUUGUCUAAAAAAUAUUUUUAAUGUCUCUAAAUGUUCAUUAGCAUUGAUGGCCAUUUGUUUUCCUCUGUCCCUUUUUGGGUUCAGUGUGAAACUGACAAAUGCUGAUGUUUACUGAUUGAACUGAAUCCAGCCAAGCUUAAAUACAAAUGAAUGUUCAUCAUAUGAAACAACUUUCUUAUAGAUUAAAGCCACACUUUGUAAUUUAGGUUUCUCUCUUUUGUUUAAUUUUAUUCCAUAUGAUUGUUUGUAUAUUACUCUCUGCACGGAAAGAUGAAAUGAUUGCCUGUAUUGAAACUAAAAUAUUUAUAUUCUCUCUGAUAUAAUUAUAUCAACUACGAAGAUUAUUUAAUCUGACUGUAUUACUGUAAUAAACUUGCAGUAUAAACUGAA